UAAAACCUGGGACUUGAAUACCCGGCGAGGCACCCGUUAGACAGAAAUCCGGGUUCCUGGAUGUUGGAUAGUUGGAGGCGGACAGGUGCUCCGGAGGCCCAUCGACCAAGUCUUGGACUCACAGUCACUGGGAUUGGGUAUAUGCAAGUGGGAGGCUUGAGUCCGGCGCUCUAAAUCGGGGGUCGGGGGGGUGUACUCGGGCUUGGUCUCCAGGAUCCGAUCGGCGGACCCCUGACUCAGCGUGAGGUCCCCAACUGAAGUCCUCCCGAUACCGGAGUCUUCGGCCAGGACCCUCAAGACCCCUCAGGGCUGUAGCGUGACAUGGCUGAAGCGCACCAGGCCGUGGGCUUCCGACCCUCGCUGACUUCGGACGCGGGAGAAGUGGAGCUCAGUGCCCCGAUGUUGCAGGAGAUCUACCUCUCCGGACUGCGCUCUUGGAAAAGGCAUCUGUCCCGUUUCUGGAACGAUUUUCUCACAGGUGUGUUCCCUGCUAGCCCCCUCAGCUGGCUGUUCCUCUUCAGUGCAAUCCAGCUUGCCUGGUUCCUCCAGCUGGAUCCUUCCUUAGGACUGAUGGAGAAAAUCAAAGAGUUGCUGCCAGACUGGGGUGGACAGCAUCACAGGCUUCGGGGGGUCCUGGCGGCCGCGCUGUUUGCUUCGUGUCUGUGGGGAGCUCUGAUCUUCACGCUUCAUGUGGCCCUGAGGCUACUUCUGUCCUACCACGGCUGGCUCCUCCAACCCCACGGAGCCACGUCCUCACGCACAAAGACCUGGCUGGCCCUGGUUCGCAUCUUCUCCGGCCGCCACCCAAUGCUCUUCAGUUACCAACGCUCCCUGCCGCGUCAGCCUGUGCCCUCCGUGCAGGACACCGUGCGCAAGUAUCUGGAGUCUGUCCGACCCGUCCUCUCCGACGAGGACUUCGACUGGACCGCGGCCCUAGCACGGGAAUUCCUGAGGCUGCAGGCGUCACUGCUGCAGUGGUACCUUCAGCUCAAGUCCUGGUGGGCGUCCAAUUAUGUCAGUGACUGGUGGGAAGAAUUUGUGUACCUGCGCUCCCGGAACUCACUGAUGGUGAAUAGCAACUAUUAUAUGAUGGCCGCCCGUGCCGGGAACGCGGUCCACGCCCUCCUCCUGUACCGCCACCGCCUGAACCGACAGGAGAUCCUGCCGACUUUGCUGAUGGGAAUGCGGCCCUUGUGCUCUGCCCAGUAUGAGAAGAUAUUCAACACCACGCGAAUUCCCGGGGUCCACAAAGACCACAUCCGCCACCUCCGUGACAGCAGACACGUGGCCGUCUUCCACCAGGGCCGAUUCUUCCGCGUGGGGACCCACACCCAAAGCGGCCUGCUUUCCCCACGGGCCCUGGAGCAGCAGUUCCAGCGAAUCCUGGACGACCCCUCUCCUGCCUGCCCCCACGAGGAGCAUCUGGCGGCCUUGACCGCUGCUCCAAGGGACAUGUGGGCCCAGGUGCGGAGGUCCCUGAAGACCCAGGCCCAGGAGGCCCUGGAGGCCGUCGAAGGGGCUGCUUUCUUUGUAUCACUCGACUCUGAGCCCGCGGGGCUCACCAGGGAGGACCCCGCAGCUUCCUUAGACGCCUACGCCCACGCCCUGCUGGCCGGUAGGGGCCACGACCGCUGGUUUGACAAAUCCUUCUCCUUAAUCGUCUUCUCCAACGGGAAGUUGGGCCUCAGCGUGGAGCACUCGUGGGCUGACUGCCCCAUCUCAGGACACAUGUGGGAGUUCACUCUGGCCACAGAAUGCUUUCAGCUGGGCUACGCGGCAGAUGGUCACUGCAAGGGGCACCCUGACCUCUCACUGCCCCAGCCCCAGCGGCUGCACUGGGACCUUCCAGACAAGAUCCAUCUAUCCAUCUCUCUAGCCCUGAGGGGAGCCAAGACCUUGUCUGGAAACAUCGACUGCCACGUCUUCCCCUUCUCCCACUUCGGCAAGAGCUUCAUCAAGCGCUGGCAUCUCUCUUCAGACAGCUUCGUCCAGAUGGCCUUGCAGCUGGCCUACUUUCGGGACAGGGGUCAAUUCUGCCUGACUUAUGAGUCGACCAUGACUCGCUUGUUCCUGGAAGGGCGGACAGAGACGGUGCGUUCUUGCACGAGGGAGGCCUGCAACUUUGUGAGAGCCAUGGAGGACAAAGAGAAGACAGACCCACAGUGCCUCGCCCUGUUCCGCUUGGCGGUAGACAAGCACCAAGCUCUGCUGAAGGCAGCGAUGAGUGGACAGGGGGUCGACCGCCACCUCUUUGCUCUCUACAUCGUCUCCCAAUUCCUCCACCUGCAGUCUCCCUUCCUGGACCAGGUUCACUCGGAGCAGUGGCAGCUGGCCACCAGCCAGAUUCCUGUUCAGCAAAUCCACCUGUUCGACGUCCACAGUUACCCCGACUGUGUUUCCUCUGGUGGUGGAUUCGGGCCUGCUGAUGACCAUGGUUAUGGUGUUUCCUACAUCUUCACGGGGGAUGAUGUGAUCACCUUCCACAUCUCCAGCAAAAAAUCAAGCACAAGAACGGACUCCCACCGGCUGGGGCAGCACAUCGAGGAUGCAUUGUUGGACGUGGCCGCCCUUUUCCAGGAGGGGCAGCGUCUUAAGCGCAGAGGGUUAGGGGAGGAUGACUCGGGGCACAGCCGUGACUCUCUCCCCUGCCAUACCAGGGGCUCCAGGGCACCCACGACAGCCACUAACUUUUGACACCUUCCAGAGGGGAGCUGGUCUCACCAGGAACUAGGGGGAAGGUCUCUAUGGCUGCGCUGGUGCAGGACAGAAGCAGCCUGUUUGGGUUUGGGAAUCCCACAUCCGGUCUAAUAAAGAUGUGUGCGCUGGG